GUCACCAUGCUGUCGUGGGUGCCACGGGUCCUUCUGGCCUUGCUUCUGCCCACACUCCUGGCACAUGGACAAGCCAGGCGCAGGGAGCACCCCCAGGCUCAGAACACCUCUAGGCCCGCUCUGCUGAGGCUGUCAGAUUACCUCCUGGCCAACUACCAGAAGGGCGUGCGGCCCGUGCGGGACUGGAGGAAGCCAACCACCGUGUCCAUCGAUGUCAUUGUCUAUGCCAUCCUCAGCGUGGAUGAGAAGAACCAGGUCCUGACCACCUACAUCUGGUACCGGCAGUACUGGACAGAUGAGUUUCUCCAGUGGAAUCCUGAGGACUUUGACAACAUCACCAAGCUGUCCAUCCCCACCGAGAGCAUCUGGGUCCCAGACAUUCUCAUCAACGAGUUUGUGGACGUGGGGAAGUCUCCAAGUAUCCCGUACGUGUAUGUCGGGCACCGUGGCGAGGUCCAGAACUACAAGCCCCUCCAGGUGGUGACCGCCUGUAGCCUGGACAUUUACAACUUCCCCUUCGACGUGCAGAACUGCUCGCUGACGUUCACCAGCUGGCUGCACACCAUCCAGGACAUCAACAUCUCCCUGUGGCGCUUGCCAGAAAAGGUGAAGCUCGACAAGACUAUCUUCAUGAACCAGGGCGAGUGGGAGCUCCUGGGGGUGCUGACCCAGUUUCGUGAGUUCAGCAUGGAAAGCAGCGGCUGUUACGCAGAGAUGAAGUUCUUCGUGGUCAUCCGCCGGAGGCCCCUGUUCUACACAGUCAGCCUGCUGCUGCCCAGCAUCUUCCUCAUGUUCAUGGACAUCGUGGGCUUCUACCUGCCUCCGGACAGUGGCGAGAGGGUCUCCUUUAAGAUCACACUCCUCCUGGGCUAUUCUGUCUUCCUGAUCAUCGUGUCGGACACGCUGCCGGCCACAGCCAUUGGCACUCCCCUCAUUGGUGUCUACUUCGUCGUGUGCAUGGCGCUGCUGGUGGUGAGCUUGGCUGAGACCAUCCUCAUCGUGCGGCUGGUACACAAGCAAGACCUGCAGCAGCCCGUACCCGCCUGGCUGCGGCACCUGGUCCUGGAGCGGGUGGCCCUGCUCCUUUGCCUAGGGGAGCCCCCGGCCACCCCCCAAGCCGCCAAGACCGAUGACUGCUCAGAUGUGGGGAACCACUGCAGCCAUUUGAGAGGACCCCAGGACUUGGAGAAGACCCCAAGGGGCCGAGGCAGCCCCCCACCACCACCGCGGGAGGCCUCCCUGGCAGUGUGCGGGCUGCUGCAGGAGCUGUCCUCCAUCAGGCAUUUCCUGGAGAAGAGGGACGAGAGCCGAGAGGUGGCCCGGGAAUGGCUGCAUGUGGGCUCCGUGCUGGACGGGCUGCUCUUCCGCAUCUACCUGGUGGCGGUGCUGGCCUACAGCAUCACCCUGGUUACUCUGUGGUCCAUCUGGCAGUAUUCUUGA